AUGAAUGAUGAGUUAGAGGAAAAGAAGGAGGAAGAAGAUGAUGAGGAAUUUAUAGAGGAAUUGAUAAGAUGGACUGAGAAGAAUAUGAGGUGGACCACGGAACAGGAGGAACGCAUUACGGCAUACGUAAGCCCCUAUGCGGAAAAAUUAGAUGUGAGUCCCUUGUUAGUUGAGGCAGCAGAAUGCUGCACCCCUGACAAGAGAAAGAGAUGGCAACGUAAGUGGGGACAGGCAGCGAAGAAAGUUAUGUCUCAUAGACAGUAUGAGAAAACCAGGAGGGAUCAGGCAGCCGGAGUAAUGCCCCUCCGAAGGGUUUAUGACCCACCGGGACCUCCAGGAGCUAAUGGGGCAGCAGCAGAACGGACCUACACGGUCCAGCAUAUACCUUUUUCAAGUGCAGAUGUCUGUAAUUGGAGAAAUCAAAAUCCUUCAUUUGAGGAAAACCCAGCGAAAAUCAUAAAGCUGUUUGAAGGGAUUUUUAAAACUUAUAAUCCCACCUUUGAUGAUGUGCAGUAUUUAAUGGAUGCGCUGCUAACCACAGAAGAGACUAGGCGCAUCCAUGCUGAAGCCCGAGCACACAUGAGAGCGCAGGGAGUGCAGGAUCCAGCUAUUGCAGCAGAGUACCCUGAAAACACACCGAAUUGGGAUUAUCAAACUACUGGUGGCCAGAACACCCUCACUACCUACCGCCAGAACGUGUUAAAUGGUAUGAGGAGGGCAGCCAGGAAACCCACCAACUUUGUGAAGGUCAGAGAGGUAGUGCAGGGGAAUGAAGAGGCCCCAGGGGCUUACCUGGAACGCCUGAAGGAAGCCUACCGUCAGUAUACUCCUGUAGACCCAGAUGAGGCUGCCAACGCCCUUAUUGUAAAGGCUGCUUUUGUAGCUCAGGCAGCGCCCGAUGUCCGCCGAAAGAUUCAAAAACACGAGGGGUUCAUGGGCCACACCCUUGAGUGGAUGUUAGAACUGGCUCAAACCACUUACAAUCAGAGGGAAGAAGAGGAACAAAAGAAAAAGGAGAAGUAUCAAGCAAAGAAGUUGAUGGCAUUACAGGCCACCGCACCCAUCCCUCAGAAAAGAGGAAGUGCCCGGGGAGGAGGGCAAGGCCGCCUGGGGAGGAAUCAGUGCGCCAUCUGCCGGCAGGAAGGGCACUGGAAAGGAGAAUGCCCACAGGCCCACUUAGGAGGGAAAGGACGAGGAGAACGAGCCCCAGGCCCAACCCCCAGGGGACCUGGACAGGGACUGAGACCUUGGUCAUCGACAAAUGCCAGCAGGGGUAGAGGACGUGGACAGGGACCUCCCUGGUACCCCUCAGCCCAAAGGCAGCCCGGCAUGAUGAGCCUGAGAGAGGAGGAAGAAUACUAG